AUGCCAAAUGAUGUGAUGAAUGCAUUCAAAUAUGUAUUCAUGACCGAAGGCGGGAUGACAGACGAUCAAGCUACAAAAUAUAUUGCUUUACUUGAAAAAAAUCGUAGAUAUCAACAAGAAAAAAAAAGAUCCAAUGAAUUGUUAGAUAUUGAUUACUCAAGAAAUCUUCGAGAGAAACUUCAUCAAUUGCUUGAUGAAACUGGUGAAUCUACCCCAGUUAGUUGA